CGCGCGCACUCCCGCGCCGCCGUUGUCGCCGCCGCCGCCGUCGCCACCGCCGCCGCCAACAACUCGCGCGUAAUACACGCUUACAUAAGAACUAACGAAAUAACGCGGAACGCAAAACUUAAAAUUAACUUACAAUUAAAUUACAAAAUUACACCUAAACCUAGUGCCAAAACUCACAAAAACAUUACAUUCACCAACAAUUCCAGGAUAAUUACAGGAUAAUUAAACACAGAGUGUGUGCAAGUGAUUUAUUUAAACAAUUAAUAAAAAAUCAGUAAAUUUAGUUAAAAAUGAUUGAAUUUUUAUUUUUUCAACAUUCCAGAGCGUUAAUUAUAAUUAAAUUACGUAAAAUAGGAAACAGGACGAAAAGGACAAACGCAACGCAGGAUAAUUCAAUUUUUGUCAUGGCUCUAACGGUGUAACAAUUUAAAUUUGUUUAAAACAUCCAGAAAUUCAAUUUUAAACACAAAAAAACAAAAAAUAAAAAAAGUGAAUUUAUUAAAGGAUUAAAAACAAAAAAAGGAUCAAGGACCUCAUAUUCAAUCUCCGUUUUGAUGUCAAAGAAUAACGUGGAGUGUUGGUGCGUAGAAUGUCGAGUGCGCGACGAGUGCGUGGUUGUUGUUGAAGAGCAGCGAGUGCUGCUGGGAUAGUAGAAGCAGUAGAAGCAGUAGAAGGUGGAAGGAUAACACAGGAUGAAGCUGAGCGUGUCGGCGUACAGGGCGCACGCCUCGGCGCACAAGAAGAUCCUGGACACGGCUUAUCAGCUCAACUAUGGCUCCACGUCGGCGUCGCAUCAUGCCACCACGACAAAUGUCACUCCUUUUCAGAUUGAUCCGCCCAGUGAAGGUGACUCGCGCAACGACACAAGCACAAGCUGCGCCGCCAGCGGAGGCGCACUCGGAGGCGGAGCAAACGAUGGCAACAGCUCCGAUGACGCAGCCACGCCCCUCCAAUCCCCACGCUCCCAAAACACCAGCCGCGAAGAAGAAGACGAAGACUCAUCGAAUGCAAACAACGACGAAUUAAGCGACUGCAAAAGUCCCGGUGGGCGGGGCGUAGAGCACGAUGCGGACGACGAGCAGGACGACGACGAGCGCGCACGCGCCUUGGGUGAAUCGAGCGGGAAAAAUCCGGCGACGCAAUCGUGGAGGAAUCUGCGCGCCGUUAUGGCUUAUUAUCACACGCUGCGGAAGAUCAAGAGAACCAAAUCGAAUCAACGAUGGAUGAAACUUCGAACUACCGUGCAAAUAUCAUCAGCUAUACAAAAGAAACCACCUUUGAAAAGGGAAGACUCUUUUCUCCAACGAUUCUCUACAAGACAAAUCCCCGAAACACAAGAAACCGUCGAAGAUACCGGAAGCGAAGGUGGAACUACAGAACGCACAACAACAAGACGUAGAAGAGCACGUCGGAAACAACCGCGUUCUGUAGUCAAUCCCGAUGAGAACUUUUACUUCUACUGGUUGUUGAUUCUGACACUUUCUGUGUUGUACAAUCUGUGGACGUUGAUUGUGCGACAGUCAUUCCCAGAAUUCCAAGCCCUCCUGAGUGGUUUCUGGCUGGCGUGUGACUGUCUAAGUGACCUGUGUUUUAUUAUGGAUGUGGUUGUACAACUACGAACCGGAUAUCUGGAACAGGGACUCAUGGUCUACGAUUCGCGGAAAUUAGCUAAGCAUUACCUGACGUCACGUGCCUUCCUUCUCGAUCUCGCCGCUCUAUGUCCACUUGAUUUACUGCAGAUUCAUCUCGGACCGCAGCCACUGUUGAGAUUUCCCAGAUUUUUUAAGGUUUAUCGCGCAAUAAAUUACUAUUAUAUGGUUGAGUCACGCACGGUGUAUCCGAAUUUAUGGCGCGUGGUGAACUUGAUCCACAUCCUGCUCAUUUUGGCCCAUUGGUUCGGCUGCUUUUAUUUCCUCCUGUCAGAAGCGGAAGGAUUUCAGGGUGAUUGGGUAUAUCCAUACCGUCCAGGCGACUAUGCAACUUUGACGAGGAAAUAUCUCGGGUCGCUGUAUUGGUCGACGUUGACACUAACCACAAUCGGCGAUUUACCCACGCCGGAAACAAAUGCCGAAAAAACUAAUUCGGUGGACGGCCCGAGGUCCUUGCCGCGUCGUGGCGUCAAAUCGCGUCUGCUACAAUUCAACAAUAACGAAGGAUAUGUGUUCACAAUCGUUUCUUAUUUGAUAGGUGUAUUUAUAUUUGCGACAAUAGUUGGUCAAGUAGGUAAUGUGAUAACAAACAGGAACGCCAAUAGGUUAGAAUUCGAACGUCUCUUGGACGGUGCAAAAACCUACAUGAGACAUCACAAGGUACCGGGAGGUAUGAAACGUCGUGUCCUUCGAUGGUAUGACUAUUCUUGGUCCCGGGGACGUACAGGAGGCGGGGACAUCAACACCGCCCUUGGCCUACUCCCAGAUAAACUAAAAACAGAAUUAGCCCUUCAUGUCAACCUAAGUGUACUGAAAAAGGUGACGAUAUUCCAAGAAUGCCAACCAGAAUUUCUGAGAGAUUUGGUGCUCAAAAUGAAAGCAUACAUCUUCACACCUGGAGAUUCUAUAUGUAGAAAAGGUGAGGUUGCGAGGGAGAUGUUCAUAAUCGCAGAUGGAAUUCUGGAAGUCCUUAGCGAAGCCGGUAAAGUCCUCACAACAAUGAAAGCAGGUGAUUUUUUCGGAGAAAUUGGAAUUCUGAAUCUCGACGGACUCAAUAAGCGUACAGCAGAUGUGCGUUCUGUAGGAUACUCAGAAUUAUUCUCACUCUCCCGGGAAGAUGUCCUCAACGCAAUGAAAGACUACCCAGAAGCUCAAGAAAUUCUCCAAGCUUUAGGGAGGAAACGUUUGAUGGAAGUCAAAGCAUCCGCCAGAGCUUACCAAAAAGAAAAAGAAAUGGCGGAUGGUAAAGGGUUAGUAGACAAAAUAAAAAACGAAGCAAAAGGACUCAGAAACGCUCUGCGAAAAAGUAGAACCCAUCGAAGAAGUCACGAAUCCCUAGAACUACAACCUCUGCAUUCAAGUGAAAACCGGGAUGGGAAAGGAGUCCUCAAAAGGAUGCCCAGGGUAAGAUCCCAUGAAUUAUCCCAAGAAGAAGAAAAGAAAGAAUCUGAUGUGGAUGGUCCUGAAAAGGUCACUUCCCCACUAGGAGCAGGGUUACCCCUGUUAUCCAGACUUAGAUUAUUGAAAGAAAAACAAGAACAUGAGGAGAGAGUAGGGUCAAGUCCAUUGGGUCAUAGCCCAUCACCCGCCAGUGUAAAAAGUCCACCCCCAGGUUCUGAAGAAAAAGACCAACCGGAAGUCAUAGGUGCAGGUUUACCACUUUUACAAAGACUUUUACUUCUGAAAGCCAAAGAGGAUAAAGCAGCGCUAUCUCAGAAUCUAUCUCAGGUCCAGGCUUCAACUAGUAAGGGUACCACUAAUUCUACACCUUGUACAAAUUCUGUAGUUACUUCUACAUCCACUUGUACCUUAACCACAAAGAAUUUAUUAACAUCUACAAUAACAAAACCUGCGAAUAAGGUUUCCUUCCGGGAGAAAUUGAAACAACUCAAAGAGACUAAGGAACACCAUCAACAUCAUCAACCCUUGAAGGACAUCCCAGAACCUUCCGUUGAAGAAUCCCCGAAAGAUUCUCCACAGUCCAAUGAAAGUCUGGAUAAAGAUGAGAAUGAAAAGGAAGCUCAUUGGUCCAAAUUAAAAAAGGCCGCCAUUGUCCGAGAUAACUCCGAGCGGCAGAUGUCUGCUAGUUCCUCGCUAACUAAUCUCAGAAAAACUGAAGUUGGUACCAUCAAAGAAGAAUCCGAUGAGAACUUGAACUCAGAUUCUAUAUUUCUCAACAAUGAUUCUAAACCUAGGCCCAGGUUGAUUCUGACUCAACGUACCACCAAACAAUAUAGGUCCAUAGAUGACUUAAGUCCAGAAUAUGGCGGGUUACCUUUUGUGAAGAAAUUGAAGAUUUUGAACGAAAGACAAAAAUUAGAAGAGUUGGAAACUGUCAUGAAGACAAGGUCCUUCUCCCUGGAUAUUUCCGAUAAGGAGGAUACAGGGGAUCAUCUUACCAGGAGUAGGUCUGAGGGUAGUACCAUGCAUCAUGCCAUGGAGAGACUCCUGGUACCAUCUCCUCUGCAUUCAAGUACAGAAAGUAAUGAGACCUUAGAAAGGAGGAAUUUGAAGAGUAUUCUGAAGAAACUCUCAGAGGAGAUUCCUCCUGCUACAGCUACGACCAUGCCGGAAAAAGUGGAUUCUACUGAGUUCCGGAAGUUGAUGAGGGCACCCACGAUUGAAGGUUAUGCAGCCAGGCAUUCCAAGUUGUCGAAAAGUGUUACUUUUAAUAGGGAUACACUUCCCAGUCCGCCGAAUAGUGGGAAUGCUUUGACCUGUGUUACCAGGGUACCUCAUGGUGGUCAUGGUCUUGAUGAUUCUACGCUGGAGGAGGAGAGGAUGCAGCAGGAGAAGCAGGAGAAGUGUAAUGUGCAGAUUAUAACCUCGAAAAGCAAUCAGAUGAAGUACAAAGGUUCUCUAGACGAAGAACAGCAAUAUUUCGCAGAUAUUCUCAUGGCAAUCAAACAAGUAAUGAGCACACACCUCCAAGACAUGCAGGACAAAUACCAACAAAAACUAAUAAAACUCGAAGAAGAACUCAAAGAACGCGACGAGACAAUUGACCAACUCCGAGAACACAUCCACGAAUUAGAAAAAGCCACCGACGAUUCAUACACGGACUCAAUCGAAACUGUCGUUUCCGGUCACGAGCACUCCUGGGACGAACUAAACCGCAACGAAUCCACAGAAUUAGAACAACUUCCACAAACUAUGCCCCAACCCAUAUGGCAAGGACCCACGGAUGAAGUCAUCCUUGAAAUGGACUCCAACACGGACACCGAGUCUGAAUUCGGCGGGGAUUCCUCCGAGCCUGAACCCGGAUAUGAAUCCGGCGAAUAUGAAAACUCUCCCAACAACUGGGAGGUGGAAAUGUUGGCGGCGCAAAUGCGUCAACAGAGGAGAUCCGCCAGUCUGGAUCCAAGUGCCACGCGGCCGAUUCGUAGAAGGUUUACACGUGGCGCUAGUGCGGACACUUCCGGUUCGGCGUCGUCGGCGCUGCAUCAUCAUCGAAGGGACUGAUAUAUCGUCAUCGUGAUCAUCCAUCACUAUUAACUCUAGUUGUUUCUUAUCAAAUGGAGGAUACAAAUACAAAAUUGAUAACAAUGUGAUAGUACACUAAACCAAACAGGAUAUAAUCUAGAUUAUGACUCAUAGGGGAGUAUAUAAUAUAAUGAAAGCAACACAAGUAUUGUAUUUGUAGAUAUAUCUUAUCUAGGGGUAAUACGAGUACUUUGCACAUGAUCCUUAAUUUCGUCCUUGAAUGUAUAAUAAAUUGGGUGAAUAAUGUAUUGUAUGAGGGAAAAAACACAAAAAUGUGAUUUUUAUAUCAAUAAGUAUAUUAUGGUGCCAAAAUUAGAAAAACCGGAAAACCGGACGUGAAACCGGAAAACCGGAAAAUAUAACCGGAAGUGUGCGGGGAAUUAAUACGGCUCAAUAUUCUUUGCGUUUGAGUGUGAAAAUAAUAUGUAAAUAUUAAUGCGAUCGGUGUUACACUAAUAUUAAUAUUAAUAAUAAAUUAAUAUUAAUAAUAAUAAUAAUGAAUUAGUAAUAAUCCAAUACACUAAGUAAUAAU